AUGUUCCUCCAGCGUACCGCCUCCGCCCUCGUGAGGCGUUCCCCUGCCCGUGCUCUCGCUAUCGCCCGCCCUUUCUCCUCUUCUAUCGUCCGCUGCAACGAGAAGAAGUGGGCCGUCAAGGAAGAGGGCAAGAUUCUUUCCUUCGAAGAGAUCAAGAAGGAUGAGGACUUGAUCGCCCCCGGUGCCAAGCCCGGUACCAUCCCUACCGACUUCGCCCAGUCUACCGGUCUCGAGCGUCUCGAGCUUAUCGGAAAGAUGCAGGGCAUCGACUAUUUUGACAUGCGUCCCCUUGAUGCCUCCCGCCUGGGAACACUCGAGAACCCCAUCGUUGUCAACGGUGCUGGUGACGAGCAGUACGCCGGUUGCACUGGUUUCCCCGCAGACUCUCACCAGGUCAAUUGGUUGACUGUCUCCCGCGACCGCCCCAUUGAGCGCUGCAACGAGUGCGGUAACGUCGUCAAGCUGAACUACAUCGGCCCUGAGGAGGACCCCCACGCUCACGACCACGGCCACCACCACCCUCCCCAUGAGGAGCCCAAGACCUUUGCCGACUACGUCAAGCCCGAGUACUGGUACCGGUAA